CUUUUGAGGAUGGAGUUUGGAUGAAUGGGUGUGAGUUUUGUCAAAUGAAGUUUAAACGCAAGUCAGAUUACUACCUCCAUCGACGAACGCAUACAGGAGAAAAGCCUUAUAUAUGUGAUAUAUGUGGGUCAUCAUUCAUACGAAGAACAUACUUAGAUAUUCACAUGCGUACACAUACUGGUGAACGUCCAUAUAAAUGUAGUGAAUGUGAAUCAGCUUUUAAAACACGUACAGCUCUCAAAUUUCAUCACCGCAUCCACACAGGAGAGAGACCUUAUAAAUGUGAAGUUUGUCAGUUUGCUUUUGCUCAAAAGUCUGCUAUGAAAGCCCACAUGCGAAUCCAUACUGGUGUCAAACCAUUCAAGUGUGAUGAAUGUGAGGCAUCUUUCCGUCACAGUAGUAGUUUAACCAUUCAUAAGAGAACACAUACUGGGGAAAAACCAUAUUUUUGUGAUCAGUGUGGAGCAUCUUUUGCACAGAGGCCGCACCUCAAUUUACACAGACGAUCUCACUCUGGCAUUAAACCACAUACUUGUGAUGAAUGCAAUGCAUCCUUCACCAAAAAAGACUACCUCUUAGCCCAUAAAUCAAAGCAUGCUGCUGGAAGUGCCAUAAAGAUAGAAGCUCUAGUAGAAGCAGCUGGGGAACAUGCAUUUAAAUGCACUGAAUGUGAUAUGGUGUUUACUCAUCAUUCCAGUCUUACAGUUCACAUGAGGAAACACACUGGAGAGAGGCCGUUUGUCUGUGAAGACUGUGGAGCAUCAUUUUUGUACAGUUCAAAUCUCACCACUCAUCGUCGUAAGCACACGGGUGAAAGACCCUAUAAGUGUAACCAAUGUGAGUCAUCAUUUAUACUUAAGAGUUAUUUAACAAUGCACCUUAGAAAGCACUCAGGAGAACGGCCAUUCAAAUGUGAUGACUGUGGUGCCCGAUUUACCCAAAAAACACACUUGUCAACACACCGUCGCAUUCACACAGGUGAAUGCCCUUAUAAAUGUGAAGAAUGUGGAGAGGCCUUUCGUGAUGGGGCUAAUUUUUGGCGACAUAAAAAGAAGCACUUGAUUGGUGAAGGAGCAGCCACUGUUGUGAGACGAAGGGGAAGACGAAGUAGAGGGAAGGGGAGGGUCACCACAACACCGCCCAGACGUACGUCACGCGUUCGUCGUAACGUAAUGAAGAUCGAAGACUUAUAUGAGCAGUUAGUUGUUGCUCAUGAAGGUGACCCCUUUCUGUUGAAAGAGGAGCCUGCAGAUUCUUCUAACAUAGAGGAAGAAGAAGAUGAACCUUACAUCCCCAUUGAUCCCAUGGUGGAAAUCAAGUUGGAAGGUGAUGAUGAGGAUGAGGAGAAUGAUAAUAGUGAUGUUGAAUUGCAGGGUGUAUGCUUACAGAUUAAAAGUGAAAACAAUGAGGAGAUGAAUCAAGGUGCUCAGGAAGGGAUGGAUGAAAGAAACUUAAAGGAGGAAGAAGAUCCUUUAAUACUUGACCAAGAAGGAAGAAAUUCCAAGUUAGAAAAGGGUUCAAAAAAUUUGUUGAAGUCACAAAAAUAAAUAAUUUUUAAAUAUGAAUUAAGUAGGAAAAGUUUUGAAGGUAAUUUUAUUUUUGUUAAAAAGAUUUUAAUAUAUGAAGAAUAUUAUGUGUGAUUGUCGUAGUGUGUACUUAUGUAGUGAAGUCAAAAUGUAUGGCAUAUAAGUGCUGACAGAAUUUUAAUUUAUUUUGUUAUUUAUAUUUUAACUAGAUAAAGGAUCUCAUUUGAUGUUGAUUUAUUUGUUACAGAAGAAAUAUUUGCUAUUUUUUUCUUAAAAUGCAUACCAAAGUUUAUCUUCCCAUUAGAUACAGCAGUAGGUUUACGUAAUGCCUGCAAAGGUAACGAUAUUUAUAAUCAGUCGUGUUAUUGACGAUGAAUAACAUAUUUAUUGGCUACACUAGCCAAUAAGUAGAAUUUUAUAAGUCAAAUUGUGAAAUUUUAGUGUGUUUUGUUAAUGCAACUGUGUCCUGUUUUAAGCUAAAUUAGAUUGAUAGACUUGCAAAUUCCAACAUUUUGCUGCAACAAAAAUACAUUGUCCAUACAAUUGUAUACACUUGGGUUUUAUUAAUACAGUCUAUAUCAUACUUUCUGUAUAUGGAUUUGUCAUGAAUUUGCUUAUUUGUGAGUUCUUGACAAAAAUUAAGAGGAAAAUGCAAGUUGAUAAAGAAAUUGCUAAAAACUCCACAACUGGGUCCACAGGGAACCUCACUAGUUGUUGUUUUUAUGAGACAAAUUUUGUGAAAUAUAUAAUAAAAAAUGUAGUAUA